CCUCCACACUCUACAACUGCUCAAGGGAGCUCUAACUUAUAACAUGCUUUGACUUACUACAACACAUUCAUUAAUUAACACAUAACACUUCCAAGAAUACUAUCGUAUAGACACGUCCUUAUACUGAGCUGCCUCAUCUAGCCCCUAUCACUCUUCCAUAUCUGUAGUGAUGUGAUCCUCCCUCCCUAGACAACCUCACCCAACUCACCAUCAACACCACAACCUCUUCUAACCAAAAUGUCCGAAUCAUCACUCCCAACUUCCACAAUCGUGGCAGCAACAUCAGAGCAAGCCUCACCCACAGUCUCUCCAUUCAUACUCGCAUUCGACAUCGUCGUCGCUGUAUUCAGCUUCCUCUUCUCCUUCAACUGGUCAGGGUUCUUCUCAAGGCUUUUCACUAUAAUCAGCUUUCCUUUCCGCCUAAUUCUCAUACCCUUGUCAUUUGUCCUCAACAUUCUUCUCGUUGUGUUUGCACCGGCUAUUUACCUCUUCUCUUACACACUUGCUGGCGUGCGUUCUGUAUGGGCGUUUCUGGCUAGCUUAGAGCCGCUGUAUACUUUUUUUGGUGCUGCAGCUGGCGUCGGCAUCUUGGCUGGCAUCGGCCUGGCCAUAUUCUCAUCCACCAUCACGUCCUACCUAGGAAUGCAGAGUGACGAUAUCGACUCAGGGGGGUCAACUACUAAGGGCAGUUUGCUCGAAACCAGCAGUCGACGAGAUUCGCAAUCUUCAGGCACUGAGCUCGACUGGCAAUGGCUUGACUCUUCCAGUCAAAGGCGCCGACCAGCUGGUGGCUUACUAUCGCAGACCAUUCACGAGGAGGAUGAUGAUUCAGAAUAUUGAUCGUGUAUAAGCGCUAUAGUACAUCAAAGCUCAGCUGCAAACUUCUACGCUAUGGAUAAUCCCAUAAUAUAUGUUCUUAGACGAGAGGAUCAACCUGCUAAAAUCCUCUGAUACCAUGCGCCGCUCAUGUAAUAAUGCUAGACACUCAGCCUUUCCAAGGAUAUUCUUCUUCUUCCUUACUUGUUUA